GGGGUUUAGAGAGAGAAAAUAACGAAGAAAAGAGGAGAGAGAGAACGUGCUGUUUAUAUGAACCAGAUCUGAAUCCGCUGUCUUCUUCUCACUCUCCCUUCAAUUAUAACCCCAACUCUCACUUCUCAACUUGACUACUUCUUUCUUUUACAUUUUACAUUUUUUUAGAGAGAGAAAAACACUUUACUUUCCUUUGUUUUAGAGAGAGAAAAAACACUCAACUAAAAACAAUCAUCUCUUAAUAGAAGUUGAGAGUGAGAGCUCUCCUCAAACACUAGUAACAAAAAUAAACAAACUCUCUCUCUAAAAUCAGAAAUUAAAAAAAAAAAAAAAAACCAGAAAUUAUUGAGUGUUUAUUUUGAUGGGUUUUGAAGCUGGCAUAAUGUUCGAAUCGAAUCAACUACAGCAACAACAAGGCGAUGUUUCCGCAACGCUUGUAUAGAUGUUAUGUUGGUGGUAUAUAUUAGAAUCAAAGAUUAUUGAUUUGUAUGAAUUAUAUGACUAAUUAUUGUUCAAACUUCAUGGAGUUAUUAUAACUGGAACAAAAAAGUUAAUUGCUCCAAUAAUUAAGGUUUGGUGAUUUAUCUUCUUUUGUGGAAGAAUUUGGAAACUUAGAGAAGAGAAAGAAAGAAAAGAUAAGAAAUGGAUCCAUAUGAAGCAACAAAGGUAGUGUUUUCAAGAGUACAAAGUUUGGAUCCGGAAAAUGCUUCUAAGAUUAUGGGUCUUUUACUAAUUCAAGAUCAUGGUGAGAAGGAAAUGAUACGAUUAGCGUUUGGACCGGAGAAUCUACUUCACUCCGUAGUAGUUAAGGCUAGGCAAGAAUUGGGUAUUUCUUCUCCAAAUACGCCCUCUACUACUCCGUCUUCUAAUGCAAACAACAAUAUUAAUAAUAAUGGCAGUAGUAAUAACUUUUCUAGUAGGCAGAAUUCCACAAAUUCCUCAUCUUCUUCUAGAUUUCUGCCUAAUGGUAUUAAGGUUCCUAGUUCUAUUACCUUACCUACACUGAGUAGUCCUUCUUCUGCUUCUUUGCCUUCGUGGGGUGGUUCUGUUUUUGCUGAUUAUAGUCGUAACCAAGAUGAGUUGAUUAGCCCUAUGUCAAAUUCUGGGAAUAGCUUUGCUUGUAUGAGUUCUAGCAGCGCUAAUACUACGUCGAACCCGUCUACCUUGAACCCUUCUACCCCGCCUUUUUAUGUUAGUCGGAGUAGUGGGGGUGGUGUUGGGAGGGGUGGUGGUGAGUUGAUGGAUGAGUUUCAGCUCCAGGAGCAGUUGUCGUUUUUGAAUGAUAAUUCUCCUACUCUCCGGUCUAAGAGCACCGACCUGUAUUUCUCACAGGCCGAGCUCGAGAUGGGUGGCGGAGUUGGCGACUUCGGUCAUCACGGAGUCGCCAACUCCGCAUCCUCCGCCUGGGGUGGAGGUAGUGGAGGACUCCCCCACAGGCGGAGUUGCUCAGUUAGUGAUAUUAACUUGGCAUCAUUGAUGGAUGACCCGGCUUCCGGGUUAGGGUGGAAGCCUUGUCUCUACUAUGCUAGAGGCUUCUGCAAGAAUGGCUCUAGCUGUAGAUUUGUUCAUGGUGGUGGGAUGAUGAGUGACUCGGAUGCAGCCGCGGCUUUGGUGGGUUCGCCGAGUAAGCUAGAAAUGAUGGAACAUUGCCAUGAGCUGCUCAGAUCCAAGUCCAUGUCCAUGCAACAGCAGAAGCUCAUUGCUGCUGCCAUUGCUUCAGCUUCAUCUCCAAAUUCUGCAUCAGCUUCUUUUCCUUACUCAAUGAGCAAGGGAUUAAGCUUAUUUGCUCAACAACAGCAAAAUGAUUCUCCAAGAGCUGCUGCUGCAGCUGCGGCGGCCUUGAUGAUGGGGGAUGAUCUACACAAGUUUAGCCGGUCCCCUAGAGGGCUAGAUAGCGGCCGGGGUGAUUCGAGCCCGGCUUCGAGGCAGAUCUACUUGACUUUUCCAGCUGAUAGCACAUUUAGGGAAGAGGAUGUUUCCAGCUAUUUCAGCAUUUAUGGGCCAGUUCAAGAUGUGAGAAUACCAUAUCAGCAGAAGCGUAUGUUUGGAUUUGUGACCUUUGUUUAUCCUGAGACUGUUAAGAUCAUACUGGCUAAGGGCAAUCCUCAUUUCGUUUGCGAUGCUCGAGUUUUAGUCAAACCAUACAAGGAGAAGGGCAAAGUGCCUGAUAAGUUCAGGAAGCAACAACAGCAGAUGGAAAGGGGAGAGUUCUCAUCUUGUAAUUCUCCCACUGCCCUUGAUUCUAGGGACCCUUUUGAUCUUCCACUUGGUGCAAAAAUGAUGUAUGAUACACAACAAUACAUAUUGUGGAGGAGGAAGCUAGAGGAGCAAGCUGAUUUACAGCAAGCUUUGGAGCUGCAAAGCCGUAGAUUGAUGGGUUUGCAGCUCCUUGAUGUUAAGCGUAACCAUCACCACCAUUCGCUCUCCACUGGUGCUCCACCGAUCCAUUCUCCGACUCAGUCUCCUAACAGCAUAUUCAAUCAGUCUCUCCUCAGCUCCGACCGCAGCAGUCCAGAUGCUUCAGAUGAAAACUGUGGUAGCCCCCCACUUAAUGACGCCAAACAAGCAUUGCAACAGGCUAUAAAUGAGGUAACUGACAGAGAAAAGGAAGGUUCUGUUGGUGGGGAGGAAAAUAGCAACAACUGCAAUGGCAAUGACAAUCCAUGUCAUGAAGAUAACAUCAUCCAUUUACCCGAAAGCUUGGAGCAUAAUCUCCCUGAUAGUCCUUUCGCUUCCCCUAGGAAAGGAGCGAGCCAGUACUUGAAUACCUUUGUGGGUAACAAUGUUGGUAGCGGGAGCGAGGUGGAGAUGUUAUCUAACCUAGGUACAGCUUCUGCUAACGGUAACGCCAAGGCUUCCUCCUUCCAUCCUGCCACAACCGCAUUGGAUUUCAAGUCAUCAUGCUACUUCCAAUUGCCUAGGUUUUCCCCUGGUCAUGGCGCUAUUGGUAUGUAGGUAGCGGCUAAAAGGCGAGGUUUUGGCGUUAUUAAUCAUUAUUCAAGGAACGAUUGAGAAAGAAGUGUGUUACAAUCCAUUCUGUAUACCAGUCAUCCAAGGUGUUCUUGUUUGAGGAACAUAACAUAAAAAUAAAACUGAAAAUAAAAAAAAGCUUCGCCACUGCCAUCGCCACCACCAUCAUCACAUUCGAAAACUUCCACCAUCAUCAUCACCACCAAAUAGUGUACCAAAGUUCCUAGUAGUUGUGUUAGUAGAAGUGGUAGUACCAUAAUUACCAUACAAUACAUAAGAUAAAAGGCAGUUAGAAAGAGAGAAAGAAAAGAAAGAAGUGGGGUCAGUUUAUUUAUGCCCUGUUUGUUUGUUGUACUACUAUUUCUCCCCCAAAAAAUCUCUGAUUCUGUAGUUGGAAGUUUUGGAGUGUGGGGUCCACAGUAAUACAACCCAAAGGUAAAAAAAAGAAAGUGAAUGAUUAGUGUGUAGUACUAAUAAUAGUAAUAAUAAUUGGUCGCAGUAACUCAGCACUGUAAUUUUCAACCUUCCCCUUCCUUUUUUAACCCUUCCUUUUAUUCUCUAUUUAUGGGCUAUUUUUUUGGGUAAAACAAAAAGAGAGACAAACAAGCCCUUAAAAAAAUAUAGGUUUUUUUAGUCUUUUUUUUAAAAAAAUAUAAAUUACUAGGAAAAAAAAGGUCCUUAUUUUGUACAGCCAAGCAGCACAAAGUCAGAACAAAUAGCAAUUUAACAACAGAAGAAUUGGAGGAAAUUGGAAGGUUGUAUCAAUGGGAAGGUGUGAAGCAAAAUCUAAAGUUUGAAGAACUCAGAUUAUCAAGUAUAAAAAUAGAAGUUUGUAAUUUUUUUUAGGGUUUUAUUUAAUUAGUUAAAUUGAUGUUAUUAUUGUAUACUUCUGUAGACUUUCUCUUAAAAAAAUGAUGAAAGAAAUAGAAAAAGGGAAUUUAUAAUGGGAACAAGUCUCUAUUUAAGUGCAAUCCAGCUAUGAAUUAAUGCUU